AUGGAGCCCACGUCGUCGUCCAAGCUGCGCGUCCGCGGCAUGAUCCUGACGGCCGGCGUUGCCGCUAUCACCAUGGUCGGUACCUUUUAUGGCGCCGGCCUCAAGUCGGACCAGGAGGCGAAAGAGAGAAGAAAGGCAACCGCCGUGCUGUCCUCCUCGUCACUGCCGCCCUUGGCCCCCCUUCCAACUACUUCCGUUUCCGCCCCGCCGGAAGACGAGUUCAUCGCUGCUCUGCAGACUCGCCGCCGCGCUAUCGAACAGACCAAGAAGAACUGGGAGGCCAAGGCGGCCGUGUUGCGCGAGCGCAUCGAGGCCAACAGCCGACGAGAUGUCCCUGCUGGUAGCAACAAUGGAAAUAGCGCAGACACGGCAAAAUGA